CACAGUUCACAUCUCACUCUGGGACCUGUUUAUCAAGGGAGGGCUGGGUGAGGUAGAAGGGAGGGAAAGAGUUGGUGGACACUUUUAGGGAAGCUCAGAGCUGGUAUAAAAAGAGCAGUCAAACAGAGAGAGAGGGGCCAAUCUUUCAGAAGAUCAGAUGUACAACUAGCUGGUUUGCCCGGAGGAACGGUACAAGGAAAACCUAGUCAAGUUAACUUGUGCAUCUCCUCGCACACUCCUUCACGCUCCAGGGUCUCCAUGGCCCUGCUGAUGCAAUGCUGGGUGUGUGUGAUUACUCUGUCACUCACGAUGACCACCAGCCAUGCCUUACAAAGGAUCAGUCUGAAGAAGAUGCCCUCCAUAAGAGAAACCCUACAUGAGAUGGGCGUGUCUCCAGCACAGUUAUUCGCUGAAUUGGCCCAGAAGAGCAAAGAUGACCUCUCCCCCAGCAACGGGACAGCCCCCACCCCCCUCACCAACUACCUGGAUACCCAGUACUAUGGGGAGAUCAGUAUUGGUUCUCCUGCCCAGAUGUUCAAUGUAGUGUUUGAUACAGGCUCAGCCAACCUGUGGGUGCCCUCAUACAGUUGUUCCCCUCUCUAUACUGCCUGCUUUACCCACAACAGAUAUGACAGUUCUAAGUCCCGGACGCACAUCAAGAACGGGACAGGUUUCUCCAUCCAGUAUGCCUCUGGAAACGUCAGGGGAUUCCUGAGUGAGGAUGUGGUUGUGGUGGGUGGCAUCCCAGUGGUCCAGGUAUUUGCAGAGGCCACAGCCCUGCCUGCCAUCCCCUUCAUCUUUGCCAAGUUUGACGGAGUCCUUGGGAUGGGCUACCCCAACGUGGCCAUCGACGGUAUCACCCCUGUGUUCGACCGCAUCAUGUCCCAGCACGUCCUCAAGGAGGAGGUCUUCUCUGUCUAUUAUAGCAAGGACCCAAUGCACAAACCAGGUGGGGAGCUAGUGAUGGGAGGAACAGACCCAGAGUACUACACUGGUACCUUCAACUACAUGGGCACCAGUGAGACAGGAAAAUGGGAGGUCAGCAUGAAAGGGGUGACAGUGGGGGAGGAUAUGCUGUUCUGUAAGGAAGGCUGUACGGCAGUGAUUGACACAGGCUCCUCCUACAUCACAGGCCCCGCCUCCUCUGUGUCUGUACUGAUGAAAACCAUUGGAGCCACAGAACUGGCAGAGGGAGGGUACACUGUAAACUGUGACCUGGUGAAGUCCUUACCCAGUGUCACCUUCCACCUCGGAGGACAUGAGUACUCCCUCACUGAGGAUGACUACAUCUUAUGGCAAUCUCAGUUUGGAGAGGACAUCUGUAGUGUGACCUUUAGGGGUUUGGAUGUGCCGCCUCCUACUGGCCCUAUCUGGAUCCUGGGAGCCAACUUCAUCGCCCGCUACUACACAGAGUUUGACCGUCGCAACAACCGCAUAGGCUUCGCCACAGCAGUCUGACAGGAGCCUCUGCUUAGCCACCAAGCUUUCACUCUCUCUUGCUCUUACUUCCUCCAUACUCUCUUUGUCUCUGUUACUGUCUCUUACUAUCAGCCUGUAUUUCUCACUUACACUCUCUUACACUCUAUUAUUACGUUUCUCUGUCUCUUUAUCACAGGGCCUGCCCUUUGUCCCCAUCUUUUUUUACACUUCUUGCAUUCUGCCAUGUCAAGUCAUCAUUUUUUAUUAAAUCUGUGCCAAUUGCACUUUUCACCUCUUAUCACCCAAUCAGAAUAUAUCUUUGUUUUUAGUUGACGAUCAUUGACGUGCAGCUAACAACAACACACUUAUUUUGUGUUAUAUAUCCCAUGGCAUGCUGAUGUCAUGUCAUACAGUUACAUUUUUUUUAACAAUCCCCAUGUAAUAGCACUGUCUACAAUGUCAUGAUGUAACAAGAAUAAAGCUUAUUUAAUGGACAUGUCUAUAUUAUUGUUAU